AAAUGAGGUACAUUAUAAAAGGUAGAAGUUUCUUUUCAAUUCAAUUUAGGUGGUGUUUGGAAGAAUAGUGAAGAUGAAAUUCUUAAAGCAGCAGUUAUGAAAUAUGGUCUCAAUCAAUGGUCACGUAUUUCAUCAUUACUUGUUCGAAAAUCAGCAAAAUAAUGUAAAUAGCGUUGGUAUGAAUGGCUUGAUCCUUCAAUCAAGAAAACAGAGUGGACAAGAGAAGAAUAAGAGAAGGUCCUUCAUCUUGCAAAGAUAUUUCCAAGUUAAUGGAGGACAAUUGCACCUAUUGUUGAUCGUACACCCAUGUAAUGUGUUGAAUAGUAUGAAAAACUCUUGGAUCUGGUAUAUAAUUGAUUUUAUUAUAUGUUAGGCUCAAGGUAAAGAUCUAAAUGAUCCAAAUGAUCCUAGAAGAUUGAGACCAGGAGAAAUUGAUCCAAAUCCUGAAACAAAAGCUGCUAGACCAGAUCCUAUUGAUAUGGAUGAAGAUGAAAAGGAAAUGUUGGCAGAAGCAAGAGUCAGACUUGCAAAUACAAAAGGUAAGAAAGCCAAAAGAAAGGCAAGAGGAAAGUUAAUUGAAGAAGCAAGGAGACUAGCUUUAUUAUAAAAAAAGAGAGAAUUAAAGGCUGCUGGAAUUCAAUAUAUUAAUCAUAGAAUUGAGAAACAUCAUAUCAAAUUAUAAGAUCGCAAAUAUAAGGGUAUCAAUUAUAAUAGAGAAUUGGCCUUUGAAAGAACAGUUCCUGAUUUUGUUCAUGAAACAACAGGAGAAGAACCAGAACCUGAUAAAAAGAUAUCUAAUGUUAGUCUUUAAGCAUUAGAAGGUUAGAGAAGAGAUGAAGAAGAAGAAAUAAGAAGGAAGAUUGAUUAAAGAAGAAUUAAGAAAUUAAAAGAAAGAGAAUUAGAUUAAGCUGUCACUUUUUAAAAUAAAUAUUAAGUUAAAUUUACACCUUAAACUAAAUUAUAAUUACCAUAACCAUAAUUGAAGGAUUAAGAUUUAGAAUUAUUAGGUAAGAUUAAUGCAGUUAAUGAAAUAUCUGAACAUACAACUUCUGCUACUCGAGCACUUGUAGGAAACUAUUCAACAAGAGAUUAGAGUUAAUCAAAUAUCAGAACUCCAAGAGCACCUAAUACAGUUUUGAGAGAAGCUCAAAAUAUUAUUGCUUUAUAACAUACAGAAACUCCAUUGGUUGGAGGAAUGAAUAAUCCUAUUGAUAUUAUCAAGAAUAUUGGGAAUUAGACACCAAAUUAAUUAGCAAAUAUGUUGAAGGAGACUCCUAAAAGAUAAGUUGAUGUAUCAAAUGAUGCUUUCGGUAUUAAUAUUGAAGAAUACGAGAGGGCAUGGGAAGAACCAAGUUAAAGUGUUGCAUAUGUUAAUGCUGAAUAAGAAAGAUAAUAGUAAUUAAAGAAUGAAUAGAAGUUAAAAGAAAUGAUUAAACAAAAAUUAAAAUCAUUACCUAAACCUAAGAAUGAAUUUACUAUUGAAGUUCCUAAAGUGGAUAAUGAAGAACAAAAAGAAAUGGAAUUGUAAGAUAUUAUUAUUAUUAUUUAAGGGAAAUGGAUGCUGAAGAUAAACUAAAAAUAUUAAAACAAAAGAAAUUAGUAGAUUAAUAAAAGAAAUUCAGACAAAAAUCAUAGGCACAUCAAAAGAAUUUACCUACACCUAAAGAAUUACCAUCUGGACCAAUUUAUGAAUAAACAGAAGAUUAAUUUAGAAAUGAAAUAGAAGAGAUUCUCAAUUACACAGUGAUUUAAUUAAUAAAAGAGGAUAUUUAUGAUAAUUCAAAUGGUUUAGGAGAUAUAAAUGUAGCUAAGGAAUUAUUAUAAGAAGAAAGGAUAAAAUUAUUGGGAGAUUAGAAUUUGAAUGAUCUUGAUAUGAUUUGGAAUAAAGUUAGACAAUAAUUAUAUUAUGAUUAUGAAGAAAAUAAAUUUAUUAAUAUUGAGAAAAUAGAUGAAGAAGUUAGAAUGGCUAUUUUAAAUGAAUAUUUUAGAAGAACAAGAGUAUAAUAUGAAAAAUUGAAUAAAAAAUAAUAAUUCUUUGCUAAUAGAAUUGCUAAAUUAAUGAAAGGUUAUGAAAUGAGAAAUGCUUAAUUAGAAAAGGAAAUUACAUAAUUGAAUGAUAAGAUUAGUGAAAUUGAAAUGAAUAAAGAAGUAUAUUCAUAAGCAUUAAAUCAUGAAAGACACAUAUAUAGAGAUAGAGUUUAAGAAUUAGUUAAAUAUCAUGAUAUGUUAUAAGUUAAGAGUAAUGAAUUGUAAGAUAAAUAUUAAUAUUUGACUAAAUAACUAUAAGAAUUAGAUUAAGAUUAAGAAAUUUUAGCAUGA